GGUUUGAAUCAAGGUUCGAUGCGGAGAAUCGCGUCGCUUAGGUGGGAAAGCGGUUUACACUGGUGGGAUUUUUCAUUUGGAUUAACGUAGCGAUCACUCGCUCGAUGCACUAGUAGUAGCUUGCAAAACGCUUAAUUUUCACGUCGAAACAAAGAUGGCUUAUUCCGAUACAGCGAGAUUAAUCAGCUUAGUGCGUGACAGAAGUUUACUGUGGAACGAACACGUCAAAGACUAUUUUUACAACGUGAAAAAGAAAGAUGGAUAUUGGAUGGAAAUAUGUCGCGAGAUGGUGGACGAUUUCGAUGGUAUCCCCGAAGAAGAGAGGGUAACAGUGAUCGAGUCGUUCAAAAAUUGGUGGAAUUAUCUCCGCGAUCGUUUCAUCGUAGAGUAUCGAAACGUUUCAAAAGAUCCAACGUUAGGCACGGAGUUUGAACAUUUCGACCACCUGAAGUUUUUAGUUGGAGGUUUGAAAGAGGAAAGGGACGAAUCGUGCCAGGAACAAUGUCAUGCUUGAAUGAAAUUUCGAUUUAUCGAUCAGAAUUAUUGGUAAAGAUUAUUUAAGCGUUGAAUCAGGAUUUUGCAUCAUCUACAAUGCGUUGAGUUUCGCAGGACUUACAUAUUUCUCGAGGAGUGACGGACAAUUCUACGAUCGCUUUGUUAAAUGAAAAUUUUUUAGAUAAAUUAAAAACAACUUAUUGGAAAUGGGGGUAUUUGGAGAGGGCAGGGCAUAUCCUAAUGUUUCUCCCUUUUUAUCCUGCAGUGACAGAUAUAUAGUCGAUUCCAUAAAUAUUCAUACCCUUUAUAUCUGCCGAAGAAAUUUGUCUAAAUUAAAUGAGAGGUUUUACGUUCCCAAAUAAAUGUUUCAUUAGAUAUAUAUGCUCAAAUAAACUUUACACUUGUAUGUAUUUAUAACGAGAAAUUUGUUGAAACCAGCAAACCUCUCAUUUAAUUUAGACAAAUAUCUUCGAUAGAAUAUAGUGAGUAAGAAUACUUAUGAGACUGACUGUAUACAUAUAUCCUCAGUACAUUUAUUUUUGUAGUAAAAUAAAAGGUUGAAUUAUAGUAAAUAAUCCAACACAAACUCCAUUAAAAUUUAACAAACUUUUCAUUCGAAUAAUCGUUGUCAAAGAUGGCGACAAGAGCGUAGCUGACAAUUAAGUAAUUUUAAAGAGAACUCUAGCGUUAAAACUUAUCGUUCCGCGAUUCUGUGAACACUUGGGAGCGUUUAUGGUCGUGGUUCUUUAUAGCUCGUCACGUUUCGCACGAUUCACGAUAAAGGGGUAGCUUUAUAAGAGCGGGUCGGCGAGCUGGCCUGGGCCACUUGUCGGAAAAUCACAGCGCAGCAUGAACCGGGUUAGAUUUUGGCUGAGCGUGAUCGCAAUCGGCGCGAUUCUGUCCUUCUGGGCCAUCGACCACGGAAUCGCUGCACCAGCACCCGACCCUCGACACACGAUUUACAUCGUCACGCAUCGACCGAAGAAGCAUCCCACCGAAGUUAUCGUAAUUCACAGGCGCAAACCGAAGACCAAAACGCAGGUCAUCUAUAUCACGCCGUGAACAGACUCUAAAUGGAAAGAGAAUCGUAGUCUGUAAAUUGACAAAAAUGGUCUCGAGGAGGUGGAGCAGGGAUAAGAGCACGCAGGUGGCAAAGGUGUCCGUGAUCGAUGUUUCGUGUUCGAACUGAUGGUGCUGCAAUUGUAUCUGCAUGUGGAAAAUUGUUACUUUCACCAAUAUAUAAUCGCUACAAACACUGUGCGUGUACAGUGGCUACGAACAUUGUUUGGGUCCACAUGAAUCUUGUAAAAUAGUUACGAGAAGCAACCUGCCUUUUUAUUCCUCGCAAUAUUGCAAGUCACAAAUGGGAAUUUGGACAAAAUUGCUGCAGGUAUAUCGCUUAUUGUAAAUGGAGAUGAGGAUGCCAUAGAAGCUAAUUUACCUUCUGUUUCUGGUCCGGGUGUUGUAACUGGAAGAUGUGCAAGUUAACAAUCGCUGUCAACGACAAUUACUUAUUGUAUCGUGGAGAAUAAUUGUGUAAUAAAGUGUUUUUGGGGGUUAUGUUCUUAGAUUUACGACGUCCCCACAGAGGGGACAUCCAAGUAGAACAAAGUUCAAUUUAGUUUUUUUUCUGUUAUCUCCAAGCAUGAUUACAAUUUGUCCAAUAACGGACAUUUGGUCAACUGUAUUAGCAGGUGUGAAAAAAUCUGUUGUAACAUGUGGACAUGUUAGGAUAAUAGGUCCUUCGGAUUUUAUGUUGUACAGAUUUCUUGCUAGUUCAUUGGGGUGGAUGUCUAAUCUUGUUUUAUAUUUAAUAGUUACUCAAGUUAUUUCGUUUGCUACCGAUCUAAUUUUCAGAUCUUUGCGUAUUUCGUCAUUACGCACAUACUACGGUGCAUUGACCGCAGUCCUAAAUAUGUAUAAUGGAUUGUGCGGAUUCUAAUUUUGAUAUGUGGCUUUUUGCUGCCAUGCCCCACAUUUCAAUUCCAUAUGUCCAUAUGGGUUUAAUAAUUGUUUUAUAUAUUAGUAGUUUGUUGCCCAUAUUUAAUUGUGAGAGUUUGGUGGCAAGUCUAGAUGCGUUCCUAAAUAUUUAACUACUUUAAUUUGAGGUACUAUGACAUUAUUAACGUUAUCGCAGAAACCGUGCUUUUCUUUAAGGUAAAACAUAUCACAAACGUGAUAUGUUUACAUUUGUCGCAUUUACUUAUAUUUUCCAUACGCUUAACCACUGACCGAGUUUUAAGAGAUGUUGUUGUAACAUGGAAGUUGCUGUCUGAGGGUCUUCGUGGGUGGUUAAAAUUGCUGUAUCAUCAGCCAAUGUAAAAAUUAUGGUUUCUUGUGUAGUAAGAAUAUUGGAAGUGUAUCAUGUAUACAUAUAGAAUAGGCUCCAAAAGAUACUGACCUGGGGGAUUCCUGCUUCAAUAUCGUAGAUGUCCGAAGGGAAAUCCUGAAUUUGAACAAAAAAUGUUCUGUUUUUGAGAUAUGGCUUGAUGAGCUCGUAGUAAGAUAUAAGACAAUUUAGUAAAAUGUUAUACAAACCGUUUUCAUUAAUUUUUCAAAAAGCCUAACCUAAAUAACUUCACGUGAACACAAAGCAACCGAAUCCAGGGGAACUCUGGCAUAUCGAGUUUCCAGAAUUCCCAAAAUCGGCGCAUUGUCAGCCAAUCGUGGAACGAGACUCGUCCGAGCGUCGAUUAAAGUUUCUGGCGGCGUGUAAAGGAUGUCUCGAAACGCUCGGGACUCGAAACUCUCACGGAUGCCCUCACACCGCGAACUCUUUACGGAAAGCGUGGCUUUUCCAGAGUUUCCCCGCAAAAUUGGCAAACUUUAGGCCUCGCAUCAACGAUGAGGCGCGAGCCUUCGAUAUCCGUACCAACUUGGUGUUAUAUCGCGCGAUACUAUCCGAAAUACUUCGAGAACUUUUAAGAUUCCCGUGUUCGCGUUAUCAUGGUAUUUGCUAUGCUUUGACAGGAGACAUUAGCGAAGUUGGUGGACAAACUGUAGGUUCUUUUCCAGAGGUAAAACUUUAGCGUUUCUUCGAGUCCCCAUUUUAUUGCAACCUAUUGCUACCUCGACAAUAUCGGUGAUAAAAUGUUGAGGAAAGAAAGAAGCAUGUUUUGAGGUGCCCUAAAUCUCAAGUAAAAAAGUUUGGACGAUUAUUAAUUGAGUCGUUCGUUGUACAAAUUAAUUGACUCUAUAAAACAAAAAGUUGAAAUAAAUGAUUUAUUAUUCAGGAAAGUUGUUAU